UAGGAGGGUUAAUAUGUUGAUAUUCUGUAGGUUCCUGUGACAAUGUUUGGUGUGUCUGGAAACUAUGCUUCAGCUUUGUACAUUGCAGCAGUUAAAGCUAAUGUGUUGGACAAGGUCGAAUCAGAGCUCAUUGGCCUUGUUGAGGCUUCAAAGAAAAGUCCUACAUUUUCUCAGUUUAUGAAAGAUUUAUCAGUAACUGCUGAUGUUAGAAAGAAGGCCAUAAAUGAAAUUAGCACUCAAGCUAAAUUUUCAGAUAUCACGAAGAACUUCUUGGCUGUUGUAGCUGAAUAUGGGAGGCUAGCACAUUUAGAGCGUAUGGCUCAGAGAUUUACUGAGUUGACCAUGGCACACAAGGGAGAAGUUAAAGUCAUUGUAACAUCUGUGAUUCCUCUACCUCAAGAAGAAGAGAAAGAGCUGAAAGAAACAUUGCAGGAUAUGAUUGGUCAGGGGAAGAAGGUUAAGGUUGAACAGAAGAUUGAUGCCAGCAUUCUUGGUGGGCUUGUGGUGGAAUUUGGACAAAAAGUUUUCGAUAUGUCCAUAAAGACUAGGGCGCGCCAGAUGGAGCGAUUUCUGCGGGAACCUGUCAACUUGGACAGCUAAAUGGACAAAAUCAACAAAAUCAAGUAUGUUUAUUUGGAUAAAUAACUAAGAGCUACUUGGCUGCCCCAGUUUCAUUUCACAAUGUUUUCCCGUUGCAUUCAAAUAAAAGCUGCCUGUUUUUUCUCUUAUUUUCUCAUGUUGCUAAACUUAGACGAGAUCAGAUAUCGUUUCACGACGAUUCUGUCGGUUACACUGUAUUCCCAUAUUAUAUAAUUUUCUACAUUUUCUAACUCUAGCUUGAGGUAUUGGAAUAUAUUUUCAAAAAGCUUUUGGCGUUGGAUAAA